CUGGCCACAAAUAAUAAGUAACGUCAAACACUGCUGAUGUUUAUUUUUAUCAGAAAAUUAUCAAUAAUUUAAUUGCUUCAUGGCUAACUCGUUCAUGAUUAUAAAAUUAAAUAAAUUAGAUGUUAAACAGCAAGUGUUAUAAGCAAAAAUGUCGACGGAAUCGGAAGAAAACGGGAUCCAUAUUGAGUCUGUCGACGUCAGUGAAAAAGUGAAAGAAAAUGGUAUAACAGUGGGAGAAAAUAUUUGUGAUUCCGGUUUGGAUACUUUAGACACUAGUUCUGCUGCAUUCCCAGCUUCUGAUUCCGAUAUUUCUCCGAUUAAAAAUAUUACAAGCGAUGAUCUGGGUCAUGGAUCUUCGACUGGGAGUCUGUCCCACGAGAACAGUCUUUCAAGCUCAGGGUCUGAAGACGGUGCCACAGACAACUUAAAUUUCGAACUCCCCCAACAAACACAUACAGAUUUCGCCAAAGAAUUGAUAAUAAACUGUAUAGACAGCAUUAAUAUUAGUGAACCAGAAGAAAAAUGUAACGAAAACCAACAAAUAAAUGAUUUAAAACAGCAAGAAUGUUAUGACAAAGGCAAUAGGAACCUGACUACUUCGACCGUGAGUUUGGACGAUACUCAGUGUACUGACAACAACAUUAUCUCCAAAUCCCCAUUCAGCAGAAGUGCUGAAAAUAUAACAAAUAUCACUAUUGACAAUAAAAACGAAAAAACUUGUCUAAAUAGCAGCGACAAAGAAUUGAACACAGACAAAAUCCUCUCACAAUUCUCUAGCCAAAAAACAAAAGCCAGUGCGGUACAGAAAAUUCCAGAGAAUGUUAAUAACACAGAUCCAAGGUACACAAGAAUACCAAAAGAAUUGCUUUCUCAAGACAUUGGAAGUAUAGUCAAGAAUGUUCACGGAAUAUUUUCAUCUGUUAGCGGUAGCUUGAAGAGUGCAUACACACACCGAACAGUCUAUGCACAGAAACCUCCAAAAACUACCAAAAACUUACCGAAUGGUAAACUAAUGAAUGAUAUAUUCGAAGAUGAGAAUACGGACACUAAAACAGACAUGACGGAAAAACCAGAAACUAUGGAUUGCAAGGAAAAUAUUCCAAAUUGUAAGACUCCGAUUCCAAAUUCUGUAGAUUUGGUGCUUAAACCAACGGAUUCGGAUAAUUUGGACACUAGCGAUGCCAAGAAAGAUGUUUUGCGGUUGCAAAUAGAGUCGUUGGAAAGAGUUUUAGCAGAACAGAGAAAGGAGAAUGCGUCUUUAAGAGACAGAGUGAAACAGCAAUGUGAUGAGUUGCAGCAAAAAGAUCUGACGUUUAAAGAGUUGGAAGUGAAACUGGAUAUGAUGGGAAAACGGGUCGAUCACGCAGAACGGGAGAAGGAUGCAGCCGUAAUGCGGUACGCCAGUGUCGAAUGUGCCGCUAUUGAGGCUAAGAGGGCGGCGGAAAAUGCUGCCAAGGCCGAAAAGGCUGCCCAGGCUGAAGUGGAACUCCUAAACGGGAAACUCAAGUCCGCGGCCGCCGAGAAACAUAGGAUCUGUCAGCUGUAUGAUGAUAAGUGCCACGAGCUAAUGGUCAGUGAGCGAGAGCUGGCUAAAGUCCGGGAAGAUAUUCGCGAGUUGGACGGCCGGCUCAAAUGGACGCAGAGCAAACUGAGAGUUGAAAUGGAUGCUUAUAAGGAGGCCUUAGAGAAGUCAGAGAAGCUGGCCCAGCAAGUGACGGAGUUGGAAGGCGCGCGGGAGACUGCCGUCGCCAACGCUACGGACUCUGCCAGAGCUAAACAACUAGAAACGGAAUUGAAGGAGAGUCGAGCGGCCCUGAUCCUCUGUCGACACGAACGCGACGAAUUAGAACGAAAACUGACAACCCUAACUCAACAGUUGGACACCUGUACGAAGGAAAGAGACACAGCUACUGCCUCUCUCGCUCGCACCACAGCUGAGGUGGAAAAAUUAAAAGAGAGUAAUCUCCGCUUGGAGGAGGAAGCGGCGGAGUUGGCCGCGCUACGGGCUAAGGCAGCCCUAGCCGAUACCCUCAGCGCUCAACUACAGAGGGAGUCGGAACGCGCGUCUCAAGCGGAGGAGGCGCUGGCAGUGGAGCGAGGCGUGGCGGAGACAUGCGGGCGACGCGAGGCCGCCGCGCUAGAGCACGCCGCCUCCCUCACCGCCGCCCAUGUCGCGCUCUCCGCCGCGCAUAGUCGCCGGGACGCUGAGGCUCGAGCCCUCACCGUGGACAAUGCGUCACUCCGGGAGCAGGUGGCCUCGUUAGAGAUAGAAUGUGCAAGGUUACAGACUGCCCUCACGGAGGAGACAGAGAGGAGGAACAAGGAGAACAGGGUGCUCGCGAGAAAGGUGGCGGAGCUGACAGAAGAAGUAUCAGAAGCGAAUAAGAAGUUGGAGUGGGAGAAGGGGGAGAAUAAUGUUCUCAAGAAGAAACAUGCUAGUGCCAUAAAAGAAUUGAACCGUGAAUUGCAACGCGCAGUAAAGCGAUGCGAGCAGUUGGAAGCGAAACUUCCGCAGCAGUUGGCGCCUAAUACAAGGACAGGUUCCAUAUCGUCGCUAAGUAGUGGGGAGAGCGCCCCCCACGAGGAGAGACUCCAAAAUGGACAUAGCGAUACGUUGCCGGAUAUACAGGUGCGUGAACCUGAUCGCCAAACUUUAAUAGAGCGCAUAGUCUCACUACAACGCGCGGCCGCCCGUCGCGCAGAGCGCUGUGACUUCCUAGAAGAACAUUCUCGACAGCUAACAGCGGAACUGAGAACCAAAGCUCGGUUGCUGAGACAUCUUCUGUGUGAACUCCCUGCCGGGGCCGUCGGGUCCAGUCGCCGUGAUGAUAAUAAGAAAGAGAUAGCGCGACUCGGCGGCGGUGCAAUGGCGGCCGUAUGGGGCGGGGAUCCAGGCGGUAUAACAGCAGAACUGUCGUUGGAGAUGAACAGACGUCUCCAAGCGGUGCUCGAAGACACUUUGCUGAAGAAUAUCACGCUAAAGGAAAACAUGGACACCCUAGGCGGUGAAAUAUCGCGACUAAAAGAGCAAUUGAAAACUCAGGAAAAUAAAUGAAAUUAAUCUAAAAAAUUACUAUUUAGAUGUAAAUGUAACAAAUUUAAGUUUUAAUUCCUUUUUUUUU